GGAAGCGCUCGGCGGCAGCGCGGUCAUUUCCGACGGGCGCAAACCGGCUGUCGGGCGGCCGCGCUUCCGCGGAUCUGUAACCCGCGUCUGCCGUCACAAGCAUGGGAAAAAAGCACAAGAAGCACAAAGCCGAGUGGCGUUCGUCCUACGAGGAUUACGCGGACGCGCCGCUGGAGAAGCCGCUAAAGCUGGUCCUCAAGGUCGGCGGCAGUGAAGUGACCGAGCUCUCGGGGUCCGGCCACGACUCCAGCUACUACGACGACAGGUCGGACCAUGAGCGGGAGAGGCACCGGGAGAAGAAAAAGAAAAAGAAAAAGAAGGCCGAGAAGGAAAAGCACCUCGACGAUGAGGAGAGGAGGAAGCGCAAGGAAGAGAAGAAGCGUAAGCGGGAGAAAGAGCACUGUGACACGGAGGGCGAAGCUGAAGACUUCGACCCUGGGAAGAAGGUGGAGGUGGAGCCACCCCCAGACAGGCCUGUGCGAGCAUGCCGGACACAGCCAGCGGAGAAUGAGAGCACACCUAUUCAGCAGCUCCUGGAGCACUUCCUCCGCCAGCUUCAGAGAAAAGAUCCUCAUGGAUUUUUUGCUUUUCCUGUGACGGAUGCAAUUGCUCCUGGAUAUUCAAUGAUAAUAAAACAUCCCAUGGAUUUUGGCACAAUGAAAGACAAAAUUAUAGCUAAUGAGUACAAGUCAGUCACAGAAUUUAAGGCAGAUUUCAAACUGAUGUGUGAUAAUGCAAUGACCUACAAUAGACCAGACACUGUGUACUACAAGUUAGCCAAGAAGAUUCUCCAUGCAGGCUUUAAGAUGAUGAGCAAAGAGCGGCUGUUAGCUCUGAAGCGCAGCAUGUCGUUUAUGCAGGACAUGGAUUUCUCUCAGCAGGCGGCUCUCUUGGGCAGCGAGGACACGGCCGUUGAGGAGCCUGUUCCUGAGGUUGUCCCAGUGCAAGUAGAAACUGCCAAGAAAUCCAAAAAGCCAAGUAGAGAAGUCAUCAGCUGCAUGUUUGAGCCGGAAGGCAACGCCUGCAGCCUGACGGACAGCACCGCAGAGGAGCAUGUCCUGGCGCUGGUGGAGCACGCAGCUGAUGAGGCGAGAGACAGGAUCAAUAGGUUCCUGCCGGGAGGCAAGAUGGGCUACCUGAAGAAGCUGGGAGAUGGGAGCCUGCUGUACAGUGUGGUGAACGCGGCCGAGCCUGAUGCUGAUGAAGAGGAGACGCACCCUGUGGACCUGAGCUCGCUCUCCAGCAAGCUGCUCCCAGGCUUCACCACACUGGGCUUCAAAGAUGAGAGGAGAAACAAAGUCACAUUCCUCUCCAGUGCCAGCACUGCUCUCUCCAUGCAGAAUAACUGUGUGUUUGGUGACUUGAAGUCGGAUGAGAUGGAGCUGCUGUAUUCGGCCUACGGAGAUGAGACAGGCGUGCAGUGUGCCCUCAGUCUGCAGGAGUUCGUGAAAGAUGCCGGGAGCUACAGCAAGAAAAUGGUUGAUGAUCUCCUGGACCAGAUCACAGGUGGAGACCACUCGAGGAUGCUCCUCCAGCUGAAGCAGCGGAGGAACGUUCCUGUUCGAGCUGCAGACGAAGUAAAGGUUGGGGACUCACUGGGAGACAACAGUGGCUCUGUUCUGGAUUUCAUGUCAAUGAAGUCAUAUUCUGACGUCUCCUUGGACAUCUCCAUGCUUAGCUCUCUGGGGAAGGUGAAGAAGGAGCUGGACCAUGAUGAUGGCCACCUGAACCUGGAUGAGACAGCGAAGCUCCUGCAGGAUCUGCAUGAAGCACAGGCCGAGCGUGGUGGCUCCCGGCCGUCCUCCAACCUCAGCUCCUUGUCCAAUGCUUCUGAGAGGGAGCAGCACCCUUCGGGAAGCCCUUCUCACCUUAGUGUUGGGGAGCAGCAGGAUGUGACCCAUGACCCUUAUGAGUUCCUUCAGUCUCCAGAGCCAGCGGCCUCUGUGAAGAACUAGCUCCUUGGCCCAGGGCAUAGUGGCCUAACUACCGUCGUGCCUCCUGUCAGUCACACAGAGACUCAGUGUUGUUGCUGCAGCUACCGUGGGCAGAGAGUACAGUUGUGCAGCCUGCAGCCGGCCAUGCAGCUCUGUGGUGCCUCCAGCUUCAGCCUGCUGGGCCCCUCCACAUGGGUAUGAACCACAGGCAGGCUGUGGCAUGGAAGGCUGCCCAGGGGCUGAAGGACAGGCCAGUGGGCAGCCUCCAUAUGUGCCCCCCAUGUCUUGGGAGGGAGUCAUCGCACUGGAAGACAGACAGCCACAGCUGUGGGAUCCGUGUCAAGCACCCAGAAACGUCCAUACUGAGACAAGUUUGGUGGAUGCCGUGUACCACAGCCUGCUCUGGACACAGACGCCAAUAAAGUAGAGACUCGGAGCUGGCGAGCACGUGAUUGUCCCUGCUCUGCUGUGACAUAGCAUGCCUGUGUGACCCACAGGCCCCCUUCAUGCUGGGAACGUGAGUGUGAAGAACCUGCCAUCUGGGGGCUGGGAGAGGACAGACGCUUGGUCCUAGGAAGAGGCCGUGAUGAGGGACCCACGGGUGGCACCCAGUGCCAGCAUGGCUGCUCACGGCAGGCGAGAGGGCUGCGCUCUCAAGAUCCUCGAGGAGGUUCCUCUGGACGUUGGUGAAGGAGCCUAAGUUCUGUGUGACUGAGUCAGGUGGGGCCAGACUUGCACCCUAAAAGCGCUGUGUCCUCAUGGGGCCAGGAGGCAAGACCCUGGCCACAAGCAGAGCCACACACCCUGACCCUGGGCUGUUCCCUGGCUUUGUGCCUCACACCCACCCCAGUCCCAGCACCAAGCAAGAUGCUGGGAGAGGCAAUGUGAGGGCCAUGCUCUGUGCCAGCCAGGCCUUGGCAGGACCGAGGGCGGGGCUUCCCAGGCAGGUCCUGUGCUGCAGCAGGUCCUGCAGACAGGAGCAGCUGCCACCAAAUUCGCUGUACUCAGCAGACACAGCCUCAGCCUGAUACGUAUGGCGCCAUCUGGAACAGACAGCCAUGGGCCUGGGCUUGGGGGCUGGGCUCCCCCUGGGACAGGGUCCUGUGCGGGGAUGGGAGGGAUCACAGCCUAUGGGCUGAACCCCUGUGGGGAGGACAGACAAGUGGCCAGGAUGGAGUGUCCCUGAUGCCGCCUCCAUGAAGGACGAUAGGCCAGUGGCCCAAGGUGUUGUUUUGUUUUUAGCCGGACAUGUUGGACUAUAUGCUUGUAGUUCUGUCUGUCUUGAGAAGCUGAGGCAGGAAGAUUGCAAGUUCAAGCCCUGUCUAGGCAACCUAAUGACUCAGUAAGAGCCUGUCUCAAAAGGCUCUGGGGUGUAGCGCAGGGUGAAGGCCCUGGGUUUAAACCUUAGUGCCUCCCCCGAAAACCUUUUUAUUUUUAAUUUUAUAAAAUGCACAACAUAAAGCUUGGCGUUGACUACUCUAA